AUGGCUACAUCGAAGCAGUGGUAUGAAUAUUUUCAAGUAAAUCGAGCUAUUGCUGCUAGUAAGGCAAUAAAUUUUGAUCCGUUGGAACCAACGAUAUGUUAUGCACUAUCCAUUCGUUCGAUUAAUUAUAAUCAUCUUAAAAUCGAUGUAGAUUAUCGUCUCCAUUUUUAUUUCUAUGACAAGAGAGCGAAAAUAUUUUUUGGUAGGCCAUAUUACACCAAAUGGAAACGGCCGGAAAAUGAAACUUUAUCGAUAAAUGAGGUACAUUUUUUCGAUGAAUUGUCAAUAAAAAAAAUGUCAGCAUUGCGUCUAACAAUAUUUUUUCACUGCCCAAUAAAAGAUGAAUCAAUAGUUCUGAUAAUCGAACUUGUUGAAAACAUUUGCUUAUACGGUAAGAAUAAUUGGAGUGAUUAUUUUACAAAAGCUUGGUCAGCUUCACCAAUCUAUAUUGUUGGUAAACCUACCAUUAAUUUCAGAUUUAAAGAUAUUGAUAUGUAUAUAUCGAGGUUACUUUUAUUUAUACUUAUUUUUAUGCUAAAAUUAAUUAUCAUAAAUGUCAUAGAUUGGAAAAAAAGAGAAAAUGUUUUGGAUAAAAUGGAAAAAAGCUAUUUUACUUCCAGGUAUCAUCUUUAUGGUGGAUCUCCAAAACAACUUAUUUUUAUCGAAAAUGCUAAUGAUAUCGCACAGCAAUUACGCAAAAUUGGUGGCACAAUCGAAUUAUGCCUGCAGACGCACGCGAAAAUGUUGAAUAUCAUUGACUUUUUUCCUGAAUUUAAUAUAGUUGGUGCUAAUGAAAUUAUACCUGGACUUAAGAGUUCACCAAAAGAUAAUGGAGGUAUGCAACUUAUGAAUCCUCAAAUUGAUUCUUAUCAGAAAUAUUUGCUUUUUGAUGUGGUGGUUUCAUUUGGUCCUCAUCUCGCUAAGUUCGAGGAAAUAUUUAUGGAAUUGGUGAAUACUGAUAGAUUAUAUCGUAUUAACAAGUCACCCAACGAUAACGAUGUUCAGCAAAUGCAUAUUCUGGAGAGGCGACUUAGAAUUGGUAUACACAAUGGUUUCUCAUAUAUUGAUGAGCCUCAGUGCAUACAUCUUUUAUUCACCGAUAAACAGAUCUCUGGCAGCCACAGCUUAAGGCGAAGAGAUCUAUCUCAAAGCUGUCUAAAAAAUAGGUAUUUAUUGGAAAUUAACUCGCUAUUUGCCCAGAAUGAUGUAUCUUUAAUGAAAUUAGUAAAUCAUCCAUGUGUUGCAGUAAUCUUUGGGUUGGAUUAUCUUAUCGGUGUUAAGGCUAAUGACGGUACUAUUACUGCAUCGCAAUCAGUGAUUUUAGCAUGGGCAGCUUGGUGUCCAUUUUUUGCCGGUUAUUCGGAUCAGCGGAUCUCUGUUCCACUUGCUGGAGGUAAUGUUAUUGAACCAGUUCCUCAAUGCUCUGUGUCGCCGAAAAAUGAACAUACUGAAAGGUGGAUCAAGCAGAAUGAUAAUGUUCAUCGAAUUCAUCGCUGUGAGAUCAACAUGCCUGAAUUUAGCUUAUCGAGAGCUGUAUGGGCACCAAUUUUACAAAUGUCGUUCUCGCCAAUCAUAGAUCGUAAUGAAGACAAACCACCUUUUGUUGAUACGACAAAUCUUACGCCAGCGAAUGUUGAUAUCGAAUUGAAUGAUGUUUUAAACAUCAAUGAAAUAAUCAUACAAUUCCUUGGUUUAGCUGAAAGUUCCACUUCUACAUUUCGAUCUAAUAUGCCGCAAUAUGUAUUUUUUACAUUCCAUUUUUAUCGAUUUGAUAUGAUAACCACAGAGAAACUUUUUGUAGAUCGUCCAAAAAUCGAUUCCAAAAAUUAUCCUUUUAUUCUGAAAAGGAUGCAUAAUAAAGGUGAUAUCAAUAGUCAGAAUCGAAAUGGGUUUACAGUGAAAUUAACAGUUGGUUUAAAUUAUUUAACUGGCGAUAUAAAUGAUUUUGUUCUUUAUCUGCUCAACGGUCGAUUAAUAAUCGAAGUAUGGGAUGGUGAAUCGCUGAUACCUAUUGGUCAGUGUUUGCUGCGACAAGGUAGGGAAGCAGUUCAAGCAAAUAUUCAAGCGUCUAUAUCCUCGCAUAUAUUAUCUGGUGCUGCAGAAACGAAUUUGUUAUUGCUGUUAAGGUUAGCCAAUAUCGGUCAUCCGUCCACAAAUGAUAUGAACUCUAUAUGUAAUCGAAAUUCUGCAAUAAUUGAUCAACGUUUUAAAUAUGUUCAUCGAAAUGAAACAGAUUCUUAUAAAAUUCGAGCGAAACCGCUUAAUACAAUACGUGAUACAGCAAUCGAAGGAUUUAUGAGUGUGCAAAAAGCUGAAUUGCAAAAGCGUUAUGAUGAGCUUUUCAACAAUAAUAAUAAGGAAAUAUCACAACAAAAUGAUAAACAAUCGAACAGUUCGAUUAAAAGGUGUUCUUUCCGAAAUUACAUGUUCCAUCAAGAACUUGAAGCUUAUAAAAAGCUGCGAAAAGAAAGCAAGGCAGCCAAGUUAUUAAAAGCUGUUUUUCAAGCAAUCACGACCGAAUACAGAAUAUAUCCAAGUUUUGGAGAAGUCGUAUUUUUCGAAUUUUGUCUUCACAACAAUUGCCAUGAACCAACAAUUGCUGUUGUUGAAACAACCGAUCCGUGGUUGAGUUUUGUGUUGGAUCCCGAUACGUGGUUUUUUUUCAAACGGAGUAGUGGUAUUCUUACUCCUAUUGAGAAGAAUUUUAUUCAUGUUAUCAAAAAUAAUGAUGGAACUGUCGAAACACAAAUUUUGUUGAAUGCGAUGGAAACCGUAUACGUUCCAUUUAUUUAUGACACUUUUCAUCUUAGUACCACGCAAGAAAAAAAGGUGGACCAAGUCAAGGCUGUAUUUAAAAAUAAAGAAAGUGGGGAGCCGAUUGCCAUCCUUAAUUUACUAGUCAUGAUGCGAAUGAACGUCGUCGACCGAUCCUUUCGAUUUCUGUAUGAAGCAGAGGCAAAAAUGUUGCAACUGAUGCCCAUUUAUAGUGUGCCAGGGGAUUAUCCCGUUAAAUGUUUACGAUGUUCGGAUCCAUCUGUUUUGCUGUCAGUGGAAAACAAUUUGAAUGGAUCUCAAGAAAUUUUGCUUAGUUGUCACGCAGAUUCACCCAAUUCGUUAAGAUGUUUUUAUAUUUAUCUCUAUGCUGAUAAAUAUUGUUUUAAACUAUUAAGAACAUGGAUAAUCUACUUACAUUCCGUCAUACGACUCAACAUAAGUGGUAUACAAGAUCAGUCUGCAAAAAUUCUCCUAACGUUCCGGUUAGAUAUUCUUUUUUGGAUAAUUUUAUAUUUUUAA